AGCGGUGUUAACACGCUGGACAACACUGUUUUAGGGGAAGGUUUCAAAUACCUGAAAUUGUGAUUUAAGUGCGUAUUUUUCUUAUCAUUAAUUUAAGAAGUGAUGUACACGUUUUUUACAUAUAAAUAUUUGGGCUAUUUCAAUCAUACACUGUUCAUUCAGAAGAAUACCAUAUUAAAUGUGUGUAAAAUAAAAGUUGUUUGGUAUACAUUAUACAUGUUAAGUCCCUUGACAUAUUGACCUUCACCUACGUCUACGAGGCACCUGUACUUAUAUUAUACUUAAAUUAUUUAUCUAAAUCUAAUCAUAUAUGAUGUUGACAGAUAUUUACUUUUCAUUAAUAAUUUAUUAUGAUAAAAUGCCCCGUAUUCAAAUCACUCGUUUGGAUUAAUCCCCACAAUUUAAUAUUAAUAUUAGUAAAUAAUUAGUAUACUACUUUUUCAAGUUUUGGCUUUAACUUUAAUUUCAUUAACUUUAGGUAAAUAAUAAAUCAAAUUUGUAUCGAAAGUCUUACUCUUACGCAUCCCUUCGAGUUCUGACAAUGCAGUAACAAACUGAAUCUGUCUGAAACUGAGACUCGGGGCAUUCAGGGGGACUCGACUGCAACUUUGAUGAAAUUACUUAUUUUCGUUCUUAAACUUGACUUAAUCGUAACCUUUAAAUUAAAUUAAGUAUAUAAAAUACUUUAACUUAAAUAAUUAUUAAUAAUUAAUUUAAAAUCCCCACCCCCUCCUAUCCGGCCUUUCGGCUUACAAGACAAGUUACAUUUACAUUAUGAUUAUCAUUAGUUAGAUUAGAUUAUUUAUAAAAAUACUAAUGACUAAUAGAAAUUGCAAUUAAUUAGUCUGAAUAGGACUUAGAGUUAGACUCUAAUGAAACAAAGCUAUAAAUUAUAAAUAAUGAUAUAGUAAUAAGUAUUAGGGGGAGAGACUGCAAUCAUUGAAUCAGGUUUCGUGGAAGGAAAUAAGCGAAAAACAGCAAGAAACGAGUGUCUGCAAGAAGCCUUCUUCUCCCAACAAACAGUAAAAACAAAAUAAAAAACAUUACGUCACGUUGUUUUGUUGCCACGUUGUUUUGUUACGUCAUUUUUUAAAGGUUUUCACAACAGUUGACAGGCUUAGCCUAAACAGUGCAAGGCCUAGGCAUUAUUUACGACUUAUUUACAUUUAUUUUGAAUAAUUUAUAAUUAUAAUCAAUUAAAAUUUAAUCUAGUCUAGUUGAUAUUAGUAUUAGUUAUUCUAAGUAUAAAGAAAUACAUUUAGUCAAAGACAAAAUAAAAUAUGAAUUAGUACCUCCAACCCCCUUAGUGGCCUUAGCCUUCACUGUAGACACUGAAGUAGUAGUUGUUUAUUUUAAAUAGAUCUAUGACUAUGGUGACUAUGGCAUAUGGCCAUCCAUCAUGCCUAUGACUAUGAAUAUGAUAUUAUUAUAAUAAUUAUAGCCUACUUAUUCUUAAUUAAUUAUUAAUUUGUCAAGGCUAAUAAAUUUGUAUUAAAGUAAAAUGUUAAUUUAAGACAUUCAAUCAAGAAAUUAUUUUUUUUAAAGUCAUCUGAGUCAUCUCUUGUAUGUGACAAAACAAGCUGCUUAUCUUUUACUUAAAAGAAUAAUUUUAUUGCUGCACUAGUAUUGGCUUGUUUUUUAGGUGAUUGUUUAUAAUUUAUUGGGGCACAUAGACUGAGUUAACUAAAAAACUACAAUUAAGUAAGUAUAGGCCUUGUAAGUUAUGAAAAUUGAAAAUGCUAAAAUAAGUGAAGAAAUUUAUAUUUUUAAAAGAGAAUGAAAAAAAAGUCUAUUUAAAAAUAAAUUGUAUUAUUUUCACUUAGGCUUUUAUUCUACCUGUGGCUUUAGUUAAGUUCUAUAGAAAAUUCUUAAUAAAUAUAAUCUGUAGCUAUUGUUUAGUUGGUAUAGAAUAUUAUAUAAAUUCUUUGCAAUUGCCAGUUGUGGUAAGACCCUCCCCUCCUAUAGUAUCUAGUAGUAUAACACUUACGAUCAAUAAUUAAUUAUCAAUAUGACAAAUAGGGAAUUCCCCCCCCCUUGUUUUUCCUCUUCUUUUAUUUCACCAACAUAACGUUAACUCAAUUUAAAUCAUGGGUUUAACCAAUGAUUAUUUUUAAAAAUUAUUUCACUGCACAUAUAUCAUAAAUGAUAAUGCUUACAUUAUUAAUUAUAAUAUUUCUUUAAUUUUCAGAUAGGCAAGGAAGAAUGAGUAUUCGAAUGUAACACAUUGGAAAAAUUUGAUAAAGCUCCAUUACAGUCUUGUAAUUUCCAAAAGAACAUUGAAAAUAAUUUUCUCUCUCUAACUGUAAGACAGUUUUUAAAAUGGCCUGGUGUUUAGGAGCAAACAUUGGUAGAUCAUUGGUGCAAAGGCUUAAGAGGGCCAGCCUUUGUGAAAGAUAUCAUCCUGUACUAGCAGUUGCUCAGUUUCGACUGUCCAGUGAUGAGUCACAGCAUGUAAUGGCUAUACGUAGAGAGACUGUUAAUGUAUGGGAGAGACGAGCACCACUUUCACCUCAACAGAUACGUAAAUUGGUCAAAUCAGGAAUUAAGGUUAUUGUACAGCCAUCAGACAGAAGAGCAUAUAGCAUGAAGGUAGGUAUUUGAUUGUUUCAGAUUUGCUUUUUACCAACAAUUAAAUUUCCAUUUUGAAGCAUUUAAAAAAAUUGUAAGCAGAUAUUGUUGUCUGACUUGUAUUACACAAAUAUCUAACCAGUAAUUGCACUCCGCUUUAAAAAAAAAAUUGUCCAGGAAUAUGCUGACAUGGGUGCUAUUGUUCAAGAAGAUAUGUCAGAGGCUUCACUCAUUAUUGGUGUCAAGGUGGUUCCCAUUGAUUCUCUUAUGAGAGAAAAAACAUAUGCAUUUUUCUCUCAUACCAUCAAAGCUCAGCAGGAUAACAUGCCUUUGUUAGAUGCCAUUCUUGAAAAGGUUGGUCCAGCUUUGGUCCGAAAGAGAUAUAAGUAAGACUAAACAUUAUGCAUACUUAGGGGCAGUUUGUCAUAGAUUCCCUUUUUUUUUUGGCCAUGUUUACAAUAAAUUAUAUGAUUUAUAUUUCCAAGACUAUUUCAGACUACAAAACUGAUAUAACAACUUCUAAAUCAAGGCCUUUUUCAUAUUAAAUAAUGACAUGCAAACUUCUUCUGACUAGCAUUUUGAAUAUCUUUUUAUUUUUACUAUUAUUUUACCAUUUUGUUAUUAGAAUAUACAUUUUAAGAUUAUUGUUAUUGGGGUUUAAAAAAUUAAGAUCUAAGGCAAAAAUGAAUCUUAUCUUAAAUUGUUUAGUUUGAUUACUCAUGAAAUUCUAUAAAAAUGUAAAGUGAUUGUAAAAUUAAUUUUAAUUUUACAGCAUAUCCGUUUGAUUGAUUAUGAGAAGAUGGUAGAUGAGAAAGGAGCAAGAGUUGUGGCUUUUGGCAAGUAUGCUGGCGUGUCUGGUAUGAUCAACAUUCUUCAUGGUAUGGGCCUUCGGCUACUUGCUCUUGGCCAUCACACUCCAUUCAUGGUAGGCAGUUCAUUUAACAAAAUGAAUUUUUAAAAAAUUAGUAGCUUUCUCUACAAUAAAUUGUUCAAGAUAUUCAGCCUUGUAAGUAAUUUUUUUGGCUUUUUAACAUUUGCAUGAAAUUGAAUGUAUUCAAUAUUUUUUCAUGACUGUCUAUUCAAUGCAAAGACAUUAAUUGGAAGUAAAUUGAUAUAGACAGUGCAUUUUUUGUCGCAACUAAGGUGCGUACACUCGCAUCUUGUUAAUACUUUAGGGGUCAUUCAUUAUGAUCAGGGGUGGGUGAGUCCAGUUUUAUGUAAAACUAUUAUGAGAGCGUUUAAAUCAAAUGAUAUAAUUAUGACAAUGGGGGAGUAGGAUCCAAAAUUGGAAUAAGUAGCAUAACAUCAUUUAUGCUACUUACUUUAAAUAUAUAUUUACAGUAGAACCUGGUUAUGUCGACAGCCUUGGGGUUUGCCAAAAAGUGUUAAGAUAACCGAUGAUUGAGAUAACCGAAAACUACUUUGGUGGCAAUAUAUUAACAUGUGCUUGAAAUUUCUUAAUGUACGUGUGUUAAUAAAUGCAGGUACUUCAGUAAAAAAAAAAAAAAAUUAAUUUUUACAAAUAUUACAGUUAUUUAGAGUAAAUUUCAAAUUUAAAAAAUUAAACCAGAAUCAACAAAUUUUUAAAUUGCGAGUUCGUUUGGUAUUUUCUACUAUGGACGAAGCCUCCACAUUUUGUGAUCUCAUUCUGCUGAUCGUGUCUUGCUCAGUGACUAUAUAGUUUAUAUAAGGCAAAACAUCCCCUUAUUACUAAAAUACUAUUUAUGGACUACUUAUUUUGAACAUUCAACUUUGGCACAUGAAUAUUUAAUUAAAGCUUUCCCUGACCAAUGGUUUAAUAGCUUUUGCAUACAGCAAACUCUUAUGAGUGAAACUCAGACGUAGUACUACAUCAUAGCCAUUAUGCAAGUGACUGUGAAUGGCUGCCCAUGACAACAUUUUGCACACAGCAAAUUAUGAUCAUUUAUAAUAUGGACUCUACAGGUUUUUUAACCUCGAAUUAAAAACAUAUCUAUUUAAAUUACUUCUAGGAUCAUUCUAAAACACAAGUCCUGUAUUCUGAGCAAUAAAUAAUUAUUUUCAAUUAUGAAAAACUUGUUUAUUUGUUGUUUGCUAUUUUUUCUUGCGGAGUUCAAAAGCCGGAGAUUGGUCAUGGGGAUCGAGAUAAUGGAGGUUAAGUGGCAAAUUUGGCCGCCUUUUGUGCUUGAGAUAUCAGGGUUCGGUGACAUAAAGAAUUGACAUAAUGGAGGAAAAAAUGCUAACACAAAGAGAGAAUUUGGCAGUUCCACUUCAUAAACAUCGACAUAACAGGGUGGGCGAGUUAACAGAGGUGGGGAGAUAAGCGGGUUAGACUGUAUUUUUCUUAUCAGAGUUCAUUAAAAUUUGUAUUUUGGCUUUACUUUUCAAGAUUAGAAUCAGAGAUCAACAGGCAUCAUUAUUUUUGUGUAUUCUUUAGUUGUGUCUAUUAUUAUUCUGGCUUUUUUAUUAGCAGGACAGGUGUUUGAGAAGUAAUUAGUAAUUUUUUCCAUUUCACCAACGAUUUUUAAAAUAAAGAAAUUAUUUACAUUUUUCAUGCAGUGGCGUAGCUAGGGUUAGUGCCGCCCGGCCCGGGCCAAGCCAAACUUUUUGCCGCCUCCCCUCCCUCCAACAAGAAGCCGCAUGCACCGUUUUAAUGAUUUUCCCUGACCUGCUAUGCUGGACAGGGUGAUUCAAGGGCUUGUGGACCAAUUAUAGAAUUGUCAAAAGUUACUUGAAAAAUCCGUCCAAAAAAAGAUCCCAGCACACCAUUUAAGUGCAUUCUACAACCAGAAAGCCCUGGAUAUAAAUAUGUUAAUAUAAACACAUACAGGUCUAAAAGUAAGCGUUGAUAUGGACAGAAGCGAUAAUGUACACUGAUGAGGUCAUUUGUUGGGAUAUAUAGACUCUAAAAAAAUUUAUAUCCGGAAUGCCGAUUUUUAAUAAAGUUUUAAGGAAUCUUCUGCUAUUGAUAAUUAUAGAAACAUUUUUUAUUAAGGUUUUUAUUGAACAGUGGUUUUCAUUUUAUGAUGCUCGAACAUUUAGUAAGUUAGCACUUAAUAUUGUAGUCAUUGGUUUGUGUGUGAACAUUUUAAUGUGUUACAAAUAAAUAAACUAUUUGUGAGUGCUCAUAUCUUAAACAAUAAUAUGAUAGUGUCUGGAUGUUAUUCUGUCCUUAAUUAUUGGAAACAAUUGCAAUAUUUGAUUGUUAUGUACUAUUGACUGUAUUCAAGGAUCUUAUCGGUACAUCUUUAUUUAAAAUGUACUAAUGGAAAUGAUUUGUUCCAUGGUUUGAUUACAGCAUAUUGGUCCAAGUCAUAACUAUAGAAAUACUGAAAUGGCCAGGCAGGCUGUCCGUGAUGCUGGAUAUGAGAUAGCUUUGGGUCGCAUGCCAAAGUCUAUUGGUCCCUUGACAUUUGUGUUUACAGGAUCAGGAAAUGUUUCUCAGGUGAGUUCAUAUCAGUAAUUAAUUGCACAGGUCAAUAACUCUAGAAGUAAGAUCUCAUGUGAGUGCAUGUCAGUAGUUACCAUUGUAAAGGCUCAGGUGAGUGCAUAUCAGAGCUACAGUUGUAAGGGCUCAGGUGAGUGCAUGUCAGAGCUACAGCUGUAAGGGCUCAGGUUAGUGUGACAUACAGCUGUAAGGGCUCAGGUGAGUGUAUGUGAGAGAUACAGUUGUAAGGGCUCAGGUGAGUGCAUGUCAGAGCUACAGCUGUUAGGGCUCAGGUGAGUGCAUGUCAGAGCUACAAUUGUAAGGGCUCCGGUGAGUGCAUGUCAGAGCUACAGUUGUAAGGGCUCAGGUGAGUGCAUGUCAGAGCUACAGCUGUAAGGGCUCAAGUGAGUGCAUGUCAGAGCUACAGUUGUAAGGGCUCAGGUGAGUGCAUGUCAGAGCUACAGUUGUUAGGGCUCAGGUGAGUGCAUGUCAGAGCUACAGCUGUAAGGGCUCAAGUGAGUGCAUGUCAGAGCUACAGUUGUAAGGGCUCAGGUGAGUGCAUGUCAGAGCUACAGCUGUAAGGGCUCAAGUGAGUGCAUGUCAGAGCUACAGUUGUAAGGGCUCAGGUGAGUGCAGUAUAUUAUGCAAUUAUUUAACUCUUGUCUCAGGUUCAUUUUUAUUGCAAUUUGCUUCACUUAUAAUUAUUUAUCUUAUAGGGAGCUCAAGAAGUCUUUCAAGAAUUACCUCAUGAGUAUAUUGAACCAGAGCAUCUACCUAAAGUUGCCAUGCAGGGCUGUAAGUAUACCUUCAUAAUAAUGUCUAUCAGAGGAUUUACCAAGAGUUGCCAUAGAAGGCUGUAAUAUACCUUCAUAAAACUUCUUUCAAAGCAUUUACGUAAGUUGACAUGGAGGGCUGUAAGUUUACGUUCAUAAUAGGUUCUAUAUUUAAAGCUUACCACUACUACUGAUGUUUAUGAAAAUAUUGGCAGAUAAAGCAGCCCCAAGAAUAAAUCAAUAGUUGCCAAGCUGUUAAUGAUAAAUUUAAACAUGAUAAUAAAAGCCAAUUUAACUAGGAAGUAAAUAUGGUUGGAGCCUUUUGUGUUACAAUCAAUAUUAGCUCUUACCUCUGAAAGUAUAUUUAGAUGGUAUGGCUAAUAAUAUAUUUUCAAAAUAUGUGAUUGAAAGAACUAUUUAUUAGUUUACCAAUAAUUACCAUUAAAAAGCUUGAACUCUUACCCCUUUUAUAACACAAUAAUAAAUUGCUCAUUAGAUCAAGUUUAUUUCAUAAAUAUAAAAGCCAUUUGGUUCCAUUAAUUGGUCUGUAUUUCUAUAAAUAAAUAUUGCUGUAAGUCAUACAUAAACCAAUUGGCCAGCAGCCAGUGACAAAUAAUAGCCUUCUGUCAUUUAUGACGGCGGCGUCUUGUUUUUAGCUUAAAAAAGCUAGCCCUUCAGUGACAAAUAAUAGCCUUCUGUCAUUUAUGACGGCGGCGUCUUGUUUUUAGCUUAAAAAGCUAGCCCUUCACUUCAUCAUUAUAUUUAAGAUUAGUUAAUCAAAUCAAUAACACAAGUUUUCUAACAUAGAAACAAAUUAAUAUUUCAGAACAUUUUGAAAAAGAAAUCUUCAUUCGCUCCCUGAGGGCAUGCUUAUGUUUGAGACAAUUGUGUAACUUGUUUAUUAAUUCGGUAUUUCAGCCACAUCAAAGCUGUAUGCUUGUGUUGUUAGCAGGGAUGACCACUAUAAACGUAAAGAUGGUGGCAAGUUUAACCCUGAAGAGUUUGAGAAGCACCCAUACAGAUAUGCUUCCAGCUUCAGCCAUGAAGUAUGUGCUCCUUUUGAUAAUAAUAUAUAUUUAGUGGUUUGUUGUUUGUUAUGAAAAUGAUUGAAUCAUUUAUAUACAAUGUUGUAGAAGCUAUUUUUGAGAUUUUCACUGUUUAGAGAUGACCAAUAACCUUAACCCUUCCUUGUUAAACUUAUAUUUUAUUACUUACAAAUAAAAAUAUGCAACCAGAACCAAUCUAUUUUUUCAACAAUCAAACAAAUGAAUAGAAACUCACACUUGCUCCCUAACAACUUAAGAUUACCAUCUCUCAUGUUUACCCUACACCAUUCUGCCCAUAAAAUUUUGAGAUUUUACCAAUUAACUGAAAAUAUUGAAGGAGAAAAGAUAAUGUACAUCUAAAGAAUAACUAUAAAAUCAACUUUGUUCCCUCAUUUGCAUUGAGGAUGGUUGACCAAUGCCAGCUGUUUUAUUUUUUUUAUGGCAAUCUAGUAGGGUUAUUAAUGAUUAGGGGUGUGCCGGAAUCCGGUCCGGAAUCCGGUUCCGCCGGAUUUUGCACUAUCCGGUGAAAUCCGGUUCCGCCGGAUUUACAUGUAUCCGGAACAACCGGAAUCCGGAAUAUACCGGAUUUUGGAAUUUGCCAGAUUUUGUGACUCACCGGAUCAUAAUCUGAAAUAAAAGUAAUUCUCUUUCCCGAAUUCCACACGAUCACGAUACAUUAAUCGAUUGUUUCGAGCGUUGAGCUUGUUUAAUGUUUAAUAUUAGGAACAUACCAGAGGCUAGAGUCAGCACCGCUAAUAGUGGCCAAUCGGCCCAAUCCCAUACAUGAUAGUGCGGGGAUGAGUAAUUAUUAUUCGUGACGUCAUCUUAACCGCAAUCACGUUGUAUCAGAAAUAAUAAGCAACUAUACUGCCCAAGCGCCUGGCCGCCACCUUACCGAGCACGGCAGACGACCAUCAAAUUGCGUCAAGCCAGCAGGCCUGUGCUGACCUAGCCUAUCUAUGAAUACUUUUAGGGACACACACUGAUCGACCUGACGUCAGUCUGCUUAGCAAUAAUUUCUAUUUUCUAAUUUAUUUCAAAGUUCUUCACUUCCAACUUCCAAUCAGCCAAUGUCAUUUAGCCAUUUAGGCCAACUGUUCAGAAGGCAUCCAACCCCUCAGAUUUACCAGUAUCUGCAAAGUACCAAAAUCCGGAAUCCGGGAGAAACUGGAAUCCGGAUUAUUCCGGAAUCCGGAUCCGGCGGAUUUCGCAUAAGAAAAUCCGGAUCCGGUUGGAAAAAACGGAUCCGGCACACCCCUAUUAAUGAUCGCUCUCUUUUAUAAGUAUUGUUAAAAUCUCUAACAAAAUGUCCUUAUAAAUUUAGAUUGCUCCUUAUGCAUCUUGCAUCAUCAAUGGAAUUUAUUGGGCUCCAGGGGCUCCCCGUCUCAUCACCAUUCCAGAAGCCAAAACUCUACUUCGACCCACUGUUGCCCCCUGGCUUCCAUCAUCACCUGGCUGCCCCACCCUCCCUCAUCGAUUGCUGGCCAUCUGUGAUAUAUCUGCUGACCCUGGGGGCUCCAUUGAGUUCAUGAGAGAAUGCACCACUAUCGACAGACCAUUUUCUCUUUAUGAUGCUGAGCAGAAUGUGGACACCGAAAGGUUAGAUAAGUGUGAUAGUCAUGGUAGCUAAAUGUUAAGGGCAAGUGAAAGGGAAUUUUUAAAAUUAAUUUUGUUGUCCUGAAUGACAUUCAUGAAGAUUUACACAAAAUACUAAAUGUGAGUUCUUACAUAAAAUAUGAAGGUGAAGGUCUCAAUUUCUAACACAAGGAACAUUUUUGCAGUUUAAAAUUAAAGAAAUGGGAUACAAACCAGAUAGUUUUUUGUUAUAAUUAUCCACAAAAUAAUCAAGGUUGAUCUUGCGAAGCUAGACUAUAAAAAAAGAAUCUUAUUGUUAUGUUUAAACAGAAGUUACCUAACUGAAUUUCAACAGCCUACAAAGUAAGCUAUAAACUUUGCUAUACUGCUACAAAUUUUAUAAUUUAUUUUUUAUAUUGUAGGGCAUUAAAAUAUUUAUGUAACAGAAAAUUUAAAAAAAAUUUUUUAUAUGUCUUCUUGCUCAGCCUCAUCAGUAUAUUAUUGCUUCCUCUGUCAAAGCAAAAGUUUUAACUUUUACUUUAAAAAAAAAUUCUUUGAAAUCUUUGGCAAUCAAUAAAGGGACUUGAUAAGAUAUCACCCAACCUCAUCUUAGAUUUAAAUUCAUUAAAAGUAUUUAAUAAAUGUUUUAUUUAGAUUUUUUCUAGUGCACACACCGCCCCCCACUAUUUUAGAGCCAUUGUGGUAACUAAGCACUUUUUAUAAAUAGAACUUUUCUUUGUUUGAAACCUUAAACAACACUUUGUGAGGUACUGUAAAUUUCUCCUAUAGUCGUGAUUUUUAAGUUUUCAAUUUCCUUUAUUUUUAUAGAAAAUGUUCCAGGUAAGUGCCCACAAGACAGAGUUUUUUUGUUUUUUUUUAAUUGAACCUAAUUUUAUAGACGUGACCAUUGGAAAGUGAUGAAGAAGAUAAAGAUUUUGAGUGUAGAUAGUGUGAAGAAAUAAAUAUAUAUUUAAGUGUAAAUAAACUUUAUUUAGUAUGUACAAGUAAGUUUUUUUUCUACCAAUAACAGUUCUUCAACAAUUAAUUAUUUGAGGAUUUUUGUGAAUAAAAAUAUUAGAUGAGAAAUAUGUAGAUUUAGUUUGUAAUUAAAUAAUUUAAUUACAGUUUAAUAAGAAAUAUUUUUUAUUAUUAAAAGUUUAUAUCACCUCUGUAAACAAAAAUGUUAGCCUCAGAUGAGGGAAUUUUAGAACAUGUUAAGUGAUUAAAGGUAGUAAUUUUUAAUUGGGAUUAAAAAAUAAAAUAAAUUAAGGGUGAUCAGAGCCAUGAAAUGUCUAUUAUUGAAUUAAAUAUGUAGCAAUGAAACUUUUGACUUUUUCCCUAUAAAAAUAUGUAUUAAAUGUAUUAAAAUUUUAAAAAAAGCUAAGUAAAGUUUUACAAUUAUUUUAAGUUAUUUUGUGAUUUUUUAAUUUGUUAAAUCUUGUUUUUGUAUAUAAAAACUUUUUUUAAAGACAGAAAAAUACUAUUAAAUAAAGUAUCAGUUUUAUAUUUCAUCAUUUGAAGUAUUUUUUGAUAUUGUUUAUCUUAUUUAUUGCUAUAUUGUGGUAAAAAAAAAAAUUCAUUGUAAUUCUAACAACUGAAAUUUAAAGUCAUACCUAUUUUACAAUCUUAAUUGUUAAUUUUGUGUUUUUAAUCCUAGAAAAUUUAAAAUUAUAAAACAGCUAAAAACAGCUAAAACAUCUGCAGUAAAUAAAUAUUGAUAUAACAGCAUGUUCUAUUGUCAAUUAUGAUAAAAUAGUUUAAUAAUACAGUUAAUAUAAUUUUGGAAAUCAAGAAAUUUCAACUUGAAAUUAUUUGUGAUCUAAGUGUGGUUAAAUAAAUGACAUUAUCUUCAAAGUGUUAUGGUGAGUUAUAUUUGGUGUUUAAGGCAUUGUACCUUACUUAACAUGUAAGUGUAACACCACAAAUUUGACAGUAAAAACAAAACAAGAGUUAUGUUUUAUUUAUUUUUUUUAAUAAAAAAGUUUUCAUUCGAAGAAAACACUUUUUUGUGUUUGGAGACCCGAAACUAUUCAGUGUCAUUGCAUUACUUCUAAUAUUAUCUAAAUUUGUCUUAGAAAGAACUCUUGUGUGUAAUAUUUAAUCAACAAUGAGGUCCCUCUGUUUCUUAUCAUAAAAUCUGGUGAAAUUUCUCAUCCUAACAUCAUCACUUUUAGUUUGACUGCAUGAUCUAAAACAUUGUACUAACAUAGGAGAAAAAUGGUUUGUAUAUAUUUCAUUUUAGCUUUGCUGGUGAUGGUGUCCUCAUUUGUUCCAUUGACAACAUGCCAGCUCAGAUACCAAGGGAGGCCACAGAAUACUUUGGUAGUUUGUUGCUACCUUAUAUUGAAGAGAUGGUAAUAAUUUAUUUUAUGAAACAAAAUUUUUUUAUUAGUGAAUUUCAUUCAAAGAUUAAAAAAAAAAUUCUUAUUGUACAUUUUGUAAUACAAUUUUUUUUUUCAUUUUUAAUUUCAGUUAAAAUCAGAUGCAAAGACACAUUUUGAAGAUUUAAACUGCAGUCCAGUAGUGAGAAAUGUAAGAAGUUUUAACUCUUGACAUGUACAAAAACCAGUCUCUUUCCUUUUAUCCUUUUCUCAAGAACUAUCAGAAAAUAACUUAUGACUCAUAAAUGUCAUCAGAAUCUGCUACAAAUCUUUUAUUAUUAGAAUGAACUUUCAAUAUGGUACCAGUUACCUGAAUUCUCCAAAAUAUUUACAGGCAGUGAUCACAAGCAAUGGAGAGUUGACUCCAAACUUUAAAUACAUUCAACAGUUGAGAGCACAACGGGCGUAAGUGGUCUUUUUGUACAGAUUUCAUUCUCUCUUACUUUAUUGGUCACAGCAUCUAUUUUACAUGAAUAAUGAAAAAUUUAAGGUAAGGGAAGACCAUAGGCAAGAAUGAUGGCAGGACUGGGCAGAGGGAGGUGGGGUGGCUUGGAAAGAAAGUAGAUGAUUAUGUACAAGUUUUACUUAUUAAAUGUAACAUUUACUCAUUGAUGUAACAUUUACUCAUUGAAGUUUAAAAAAAAAAGUAUUUGUUUACUAUGCUGAUGCCUGCAUAUAAUUAAAUGGAUAAGUGACAGUAAUUGUGACUGUAAUCCUUAACAUAAUGUUAUUAUAAUUUAUAGUAAUUCUUUUUGUAGAAAUUAUGUAUUUUAUCAUCACUGCUGUUACUUUUAGUAAUUUAUAUAUUUUCAUUUAAAACUUGAAAAAUGUUGAAUGACAAAUUACAGCAUUAAACUGAACUUUGGAUGAUAUGUCAGGUCUGCUCACAAAGCAAAGCUGAGUGUUGCUAAAGAGAGAAUUUUAGUCCUUGGUGCUGGGUAUGUGUCAGGACCUGCUGUGCAGUACCUCACACGAGAUGAAAAAACCUGCGUCACAGUUGGUCAGUUUAUCUAUACUAUUAUACUAUUAUAAUUAACCUUUUUUCCCCGAAAUCCACUAAACUAUCUUUAAAUGAAAGACAGUAAAAACUGAAACUUCGGGACGAGAUGUGGUUUCAGUCCUGCUGAUGUGUAGUUAUUUGCUAAAUUUGACCUGGAUUAGAACCUAACUUUAAACACUAUUUUAGUUUAUGAUUGUGUUAUAAAUUAGUGUUUGGCUUGAACAUAUUCUAAUACCAGACAGAUUUAUACUUGAAAGAUGUAUAAUGGAAAGAUUGAAACUUAGCUUAGAUUUCUAUAUUUGAUUUUUUUUUUAAUCAUGUCAGCCUCCCAGUAUCAGCAAGAACUUGACAACACCACUCGUCUAUGUCCUGGUGUUGACACAGUGCUCAUGGAUCUUAACACAGGAUAUGCAGAGCUAGAGAGACACCUGGGCGAUCAUGAUUUGGUCAUUAGGUCAGUUUGAAAAAACUCAGUUGUCUGUUACAAUUAGCCCAGUGAGUUAUAGUGCAAAGCUAGAAAUAUUAAUGAUUAUUCCACUCCAUUAUUAUUUUCUAUGAAAUAAACAAUUUUCUUCACUUUAUUUCAGCCUGCUGCCUUAUUCCUUCCAUCCUGACAUUGCCAGGUUGUGCAUUAAACAUAAGAAAAAUAUGGUCACCGCCAGCUACAUCAGUCCAGCCAUGAGAGAAUUAAAUAAAGCGUAAGUUACUUUUAUAAAUAGAAAUGGUAAAAUUCAAUGAAAACAUAUUUCUUACUUACAAAACAGCUACCGGCAUUUCAAUGUUUGUAAAUUAUAAACUAAGCAAUUUAAAGUGUGUUGCAGUUUUUUACAAUAAACAUAUUUUUUACAGAGCCCAAGAAGCUGGUAUCACAAUUAUGAAUGAGGUUGGUGUUGAUCCAGGUAUUGAUCACAUGCUGGCCAUGCAGUGUUUUGAUGAGGUCAGGAGGGCCGGUGGAAAGGUAAACUAUAUUCUUAUUGUUUAUUUUUGUGAGAAUUUUAAAUAAGAUAUAAAAAGCCUCUAGAAUGGAAACAAUAGUUUCCACAAACUAAGCUUCAGAAUGUUCAACCAAAGUCAAAUCUAAAUAAAUAAAGUCGAAUUAAGAAAAAUCCAAAGAGAACAAAGGUAAGCACUAAGACGUUUAACCAUAGAUUUCAUGCUGUACAAUGGGCAUACCUAAGAUGAACAAGGAAUUAGAUUAUAACUGAAAGUUAAAAUUAACAAUCUGUUAUAUAGACUCAAGUAUUUAAUCCAUUUCACAUCACUUGAUAAAAUAAGCCAUAUUAUAGUUAAACUUUAAAGUGUCUGUUGCAUUGUAUAGAUUCAAGUAUUUAAUCUUGAUCAGAUGACAUGAUAAUGAUAAAGUAAACCAUCUGUAUAGAUUCAAGUAUUUAAUUUUGUUCAGAUCACAUCCUAUGUUUCCUACUGUGGUGGGAUUCCAGCACCAGAACAUUCAGCAACUCCACUUCUUUAUAAAUUCAGGUGAACCCAGUUAAUAAAGAGUUUUUUUUGAAAUCAUUUAUAUAGUUCACAGAUGUUUGAUAUAGUCCUUUGUUAUUAUAAUUGUAAAAUAUAGUUAGUUUUGAUAUUGAUAUUAAAGUAAUCAAAUCUGGCUGGUAACCUAAAUGACCAAAUUUGAUUGUGAGGAAUGUGAUUAACCUUGCAUAUUUCUACCAACAGCUGGUAUCCUAAAGGCGUGCUCAUGAAUGUGAUGUCCACAGCAAAAUAUUUAAAGGAUGGCAAGGUGAGACUAGACAGGAAAAAUAACCACAUUAUUUAACCAGCUCCUAAUAAACAAUGAUGCAGAUGCUUUGUACACAGACUGUUUUAAUGCUGUAAAGCAAUUAGUUUCAAUGAUUUUCAAAAUUCAUUGAUUGUUUUUAUUAUGUACAACAAUUAGUUUCAAUGAAUGUAACUUCAGUGAUUAUUAUAUUAUGUAAAACAAUUAGUUUCAAUGAAUGUAAAACUUCAGUGAUUAUUAUAUUAUGUAAAACAAUUAGUUUCAAUGAAUGUAACUUCAGUGAUUAUUAUAUUAUGUAAACAAUUAGUUUCAAUGAAUGUAACUUCAGUGAUUAUUAUAUUAUGUAAAACAAUUAGUUUCAAUGAAUGUAACUUCAGUGAUUAUUAUAUUAUGUAAAACAAUUAGUUUCAAUGAAUUUCAGUUUUUAUUAUCAGGAAUGACUUGAAAGUAAAAGUAUAAGCUUUGUGUUUUUAAUUUUUAAAAAAAAAUGGAGAAAUUCUGAAGAAAAACCAAAAAGGUAACAUUUAUGUAACCAAGAAAGGCUGAAAUUUACCAUGCCAAUAUCCCCAUUCAGGUGGUUAAGAGGUGGAAGGUUAAGAUAUUUUUCUAAAUUGAGUGUGUUUUAGCAUGUAUAUGGAUGAUUCCUAAGAGGCUUAUUUUUGCUAUUCUCAUCAGGUGGUUGAGGUGCCUGGACAGGGAGGCUUGUUGGAUGCUGUUGAAGAUCUCACCUUCAUGCCUGGGUUUAACUUGGAAGGGUUUCCUAACAGAGACUCAACAAUUUACUCAUCAGAAUAUGGCAUUGGGUCAGCUCACACUAUCCUCAGGGGCACCAUUAGAUACAAGGUUACUGUAUUGUCUUAUACUGCCACUAGUUUUAGAGUAUACAUCCUCUGAGGCACUAUUAGAUACAAUAUUAUAUUCAUUUGUUUAUAUUGGCGGUAUAGUAUAAUUUUGUCACUUCAGUUAGAAAAUGCAAUGAGUAUAAAACUAGUGAGAGCUGCUUACAUGACCUGGCGCCGUCCUAUCUGAAAGAGCUGCUGACGCCUUAUGUACCCAGUAGAGAGCUCCGCUCAUCCGAUAGUGGCAAACUUUCGACACCACGUGUUUGCCUUGAGACUUACGGAAAGCACACUUUUGCAUUUGCUGGUCCAACAAUAUGGAACGCCCUUCCUGUCGAUCUUAGAAACAACCAGACACUGGAGUCCUUUAAAACCGAUCUAAAGACACAUCUAUUUCGCAAAUACCUUCUGGCAUGAUUGUCUACCUUAUUUUCCAGUUAAUGCAUAAUGGCUGUGUUGCUCCGGGUUGAAAUGGCUAGAAAGACUUUGAGAUUGUAUGCUUGUAAUUAGUUUUUGUAGUGUUGCGUUUGUUUUAAAUGUGGUAAAUUAUAGAUAUUUUUUUUGUUGACUUUGUACCGCGCUUCGAGCCUUUGGGGAUGAAGCGUGUUUUUGAAAUGAACUUUAUUAUUAUUAUUAUUAUUAUUAUUACAUGCUUACUUUGUAAGCAGCUGAAAGUUUCCAUUUGUACUUUGAUGUUUCAAUCUACUAUUAAUUAUCUGAAAAUUAUACCAUAUAAUGUUAUUGCAAUUUAAGUAGAUGUUUUAGUGAAAAUCCUAACAAAAUUUAAUUUCUCAAGCAUUAAAUCAAUUUUUUGUGUUUUGUAUUAAGGGUUUCACCGAAGCUGUUAAAAGCCUGAUUGCAAUGGGGCUUUUCAGCACAGAACCUGAUGCUCACCUGCACCCCAACGGGCCAGAAAUAUCUUGGGUAUGUUUACAAUAUUUAGAAUCACAGUGCGGAGAGGGUGGGGAGAGUCAGUUAAAAACUGUAUGAAAAUUCCUGGUAUCAAUGAAUAUGUUUAACUCAACAGAUAUUUAUGUAAUUUUACUCACAUAUUCUUCACUUUAAUAAACUUUGCUCUGAUGUCAGUUUUAAAAGUUCAAUUAGUUGUUUCAUAAAGGUAUUUAAAUUUUGCAGAAAGAAUACAUGUGCAGCAAAUUUGACAAAUCUGGUGAUAUACUGACCGACUCAUUGAAGGACCUCAUAUAUGAUAAGCUGGGACAGGAUGCCAAAAAAUGGGACGUCAUAAUCAAGUAGGUCAAUAAUCAAAAAUAUGUUUAAAAUCUAUUUCAUAAUACUAUAACUAACAAUAUGGAAAAUAAAGGUCCAUUAUAACUAUAUUGUAUAAAAGAUAGGUGCAUUAUUUGAACAGUUUAACUUUUAUCUAAACUUUUAAUUAAAGUAAAGUUAAUUGAAAAAGAAAUCAAAUGUAUACUCAUUAAAGAUCAGUUUUUUUACAAGCAUAUCUUACAAAAUGUAUUCCUCAAAUUAUUACAACAUCAAUACAAUAGACUUUUUUUAGAAAAAAGAAAUAUCUAUGUAUAGAAGUAGAAGUUUAUGUUUCUUACAUCAUGUAGUUUUGAGAAAUUUUUCUCUUCUUUGUUAUGAAGGCCUAACCAACCUUUUUUCAUGCCCCUGAGCUACAAAAAAACAUUUUCUAAUAAUUGUAAGAACAUAAAUUUCUUUAAAUUAAAAAAAAAUCAUGUACAUUUUAAUUAACUGUUACAUUUUAUAAUUUUUAUAAAUUGGUAUUUUCAUUAAAAAUUUAACCAACCUUUUGAGUCACUCUUGAACUAUAUUAUCUGAAAGUUUUAUGGAAAAACACAAUUUUUAAAUCUAAAGAAGGAUUUCUUAACCAAUUUUGACAUCUCUAACAGCCUUUUGUUUUUAGAAAUAUUAAAUGGAAAGACAUAUUUCUCUAAUUUUUAAGAAAAUCUUAAUCAAUCAUUGUUCCAACCUCUGGGCUGUAUUUUCGGAAAAUAAAAAAUUAUGUCUCUACUUUUUAAGUUUAAAUUUUCACAUGUGUAAAAUGAUUGGGUUUUGAGAUAUUUUUAUCCAUAUAAAAAUGUUUCUCACUCUCUUUCUUUCGUAUUUAAAAUGUAUUUUAACUAAAUGUUUACGUUAUUUAAUAUAAACAUAUUGUUAUCCUCAUAAUUAUGUGCCCACCCUUAUCCCCACCCCUGAACUGUAUCUUUGGAAAAAUGGGAACAUCUUGAUGUCCAUGGUUGCGAAGUAAAUAUUAUCCACUAUUUUCCUCUUUCCAACUUCAUUGAGUUUUGAGGUAUAGUUAUCCUUAUGUAAAUGUGCCCACAAUGUGUCAACUCCCUUGAACCGUAUUUUUGGACUUUGGUAAAACACAAAUUUCUUUAUUUUAAAUUAAAAGCUCAAACCUCUUUUUCACAACUGUGAUUUCAUUGGAUUUAAAGAUAUAGUCAUCCACAUAAAAUGUGCACACACUCUCCCCCCCCCCAAUUUGUUUUCAGAAGUUUAUUACAUUAUUUUUUAAAACCAUCUUACACCACUUUACGGUGUGUAACAUAUUUGGGCUUUGAGAUAUGGCUAUACUCGUAAAAUACGCCCAACUUUACUGGUGCAUACCUUGUGCUGCCUGGGGCGAAAUCUAAAAAUUGCAGCCCCCUCACCAACACACAAGUAUUUAAAACAUUAAUAAAAGCAACCCCGGGAUGAUACACCACCGACACACCCAAUGCCACUGCACACCACUAAAUUAUAUUAACAUUCUAAUGAACCCAGCUUCUUUCAAGGUACUUUCUUGAAUUUAAAAAAAAAUAGCUCAAAUUAUAUUUCUUGAUAUUUAAAGAAUAUGGUUACCUAUUUUUAAAUUAAAAUCCAUAUAACGUUAAAGUCUGUAACAUAAUCAAGAAAGUUCAAAACUGUUACAUAAUAGGGUUGGCAUAUAUUGAUAUUCAUGAGGACCACCCUAAACAGAAUAUAACAAAAUAAAUACUUGAGGAAUUUUCUUAUAAAAAUUAGAUUUACUUUCAAAUGAAUGAGAUAAGAUGUUCUUUUAUUGAUCCGAAUAAAUGGAAAUGUUUUUGGAUUUCAUCAUAUUUAGUCAUUUUCAGCACAUAAAUAAAUACAAAUUUUAAACAAGACAACAUUUCAAUAUUAUAAAAAUUUAAACACAAAAUAACAAAAGUUUGUCUCUAGUGUAGAAAUCAGCCUGGGUGGCCGAGCGGUCUAAACUGUCUCAAACCAAAUAGCUGGUGAUUUGGAGUUCAAUCCCCACCAAAGCCAAAAUCCCAAGCACCCCGGGUGGAUGGGACUCAUUAGCCUUGGAUGGUAACCCAUCUAAGAGAAGGCAAACUCUGAAUUUAAACCAGAAGCCAGAAUGAUCAACAAAUUGAUCGUGGGCCCCUCAAAUAUAAGAAGAAGAAGAAGCCAUCGAACAACUCUUUAAAUGAAAAUAAGGAUUUAAUUAGUGAUCAUUUAGAUUUGGUAACCGCUGGGGAGCACGCUGGUAAAAUCAUAUAAAAAAACAUAGUUGAUAGUAAAGAAUAUCAGUAAUCUUUAAUAAAAUAGCUUAACUCUCACAAUCGGAUAAAUACUUAAGAUAAUUUUUUAAUUUAAUUAAUUAUGAUAUUAAAUUUAUUUCCAAUUUGUAAUAAUAAUACUUACAUUUACAUAUCAAGGAUGGCAUAUGCCUACCUAUAACUAUAAGCAGAUUUAUUUUAUCAGAUUUCAAUUGAUGUGAUUUCUGUAAAAUAAAUUUCUCUAUCAUAGUUUUUAAGAAUUUCAUUUUUUUUUUAGAAAUGCCAAGUUUAAUUACAUGCAUAGUGAACACAAAUUUGCACACUGUUUGGUGCACUUAAGACAAUUUAACUUUUCACACUAAUGAACAGAGCGUAAUUAUGAUAUGGGGUAAGAAUACAAGAAAAAAAUAUAUUUAUUUUCUGAGAGAAAAGACCAUAUAAGGUUGGUGCAUAUCAUUUCCGCUUUCAUAUCAUUUGUGGUUGUCAUGGAUUGGCUAACUAAACAUGGAUCGGAUGACAUCAUAGUGAACUGAGAGAAAAGAAAUUAUUAAGAGUAAAAGUAUAAAUUUUAUUUUAAACUGUAUUUUUGGUUAUGUUUUAAUUAACCUACUUAACUUACUGGAAUCGAGUUUAGAAACAACAAACAUGAUUUUGGAACCAACCCAAAGUGUUAGGCGAUAACCAGGGGCAAGCUGCUCUGUUUUAUAAAAAUUUGAAUGUAUGCCAUUGGUUUAUUCUCAUAACUUAUCACCCUGGGUGGAUGAGACUCGUUAACCUUGGUCGGCAACUCAUCUAAGAGAAGGAAACUCUGAAUUCAAACCCGGAGUUGGAGUCCCGUAAGGCGCAAACAAUGACAAUUCCUAGAACCGAACCCAUCCCUGGUCGUCUUGACGUAGAGUCUUGCCACUGGAUAUGGUGGGCUCGGACGAGAGAGUGAGGUAGACGCCGCGCAACUCUUCUUCACUUUAAACAAAGUCAUCCGCGCAAGUCAUCAGUCACCAGACGACUCAAUGGUCCUUGUCGAUCCUCGACGGACGAACAAUAAAAAAAAACAAAAACUUAUAUUUAUACUUUUAUUCAUAAAGAUUCCCAGUUUUGUAAUAAACAAAUACUAGUUAUUGGGAAAUUGGCAUUUCUUGUUUUUAUUUGUUCUAUAUUUUUGUAUAUUUGAACAGACUUGGCCUUGUAGAUGAUGAUCCCAUUGACAAGAAAGGCACUCCUAUUGACACACUGUCCAACUAUCUAGCCAAGAGGUUGGCCUAUAGUAAGUUUUUAAAUACUUUUUUUAUGUCAUCUGGUUCAUUUGAGUUUCACUUCUACACUGAAACAUGAUUUCCUGUCUGGCAGUGAAAGAAAGAAAGUCAAGAUUAUUGCAACAUAUUCUGUCUUUACAGAAUGCUAUGACCGGGCAACAUUUUUUUACAAGCUUGCUCUAAGGAUUAAUUUAGGAAAUGGUAUAUUAAAUACUUUUUAACAGGUGCAACAUGCACAAAGAAGAACCUAGUUUUAAGAGAAUGCUGACACUGGACUGAUGUAGAGUUAGAAUUUUGCACAGUAAGGCAAGUGUCUCAACCCUUCAUCUGCAUACUCUCCAUUUGUUCUCUAACAAAGUCAUGCUAAAAUAAGCUCACAGACAUUUUGUCAGUUUCAUAGCCCCUAUCAAUUAGUCAUGAAAAGUACAUAUGUAGAUUAUUUUUAUGCCUAAUUGUUAGAUCUAGUUGUAAUAUAAAACAUUUUAAUAUUUUUUAUUUUAUUUUAAAAUUACUUAGUUUUAAAAAUGAGGUUGAUUUUGUUUUCUUUAAUUCAGCAAGCCAAUAUUAAACUGAGUUGAGACUGACCUAUAAUAGUUUGUUUAUAAAACACACUGAAUUUUGAUCCCCUCUUCCUUCAUUUACCUUAAACUUGUCUAAGUUGUUUUUUGUUACCCAAAAGAAUGAAAAUAUGUUUGACAUUAAGGUGCACAUGAACGUGACAUGAUACUCAUGAGACAUGACAUUGGAAUCCAAUGGGGGGAUGGCAAACAGGAGCAUCGUUGCAUCGACUUGUCAUGUUACGGAGAUGUGGGGGGAUUUUCUGCCAUGGCAAAAACUGUGGGACUUCCCACUGGUAUUGCAGCCCGCAUGAUUCUUACAGGUUACAAUUUAUUUUUUCAAAUAUCUUAUGUAAUCCAUGCUUCAUAAUUAAUUUCUUUAGAAAACUAUUUGUUUAAAAGGAUGAAGGUUGUAUAUUAUUGUAUAGUUUAUUAUUUGACUCUGCAAUAGAGCAAAAAGCAUUUUCAUCAUAUCUUUUAGGCUUAAAACUUCUACAUGAUUAGUGUAUUACAUAAAUGAAUACUUUUGUUAUAUUUCUAGGGGAAAUCCAAACGAAGGGAGUUUGUGCCCCAACAGCAAUGGAGACAUACAUGCCUAUACUCCAGAGGCUCAAAAAGGAAGGGAUCUCGGCCAUUGAGAAAAUUGAACUUCUGUAAAAGUGAAAUUCUGAGGUGGUAGUUGCUGUGUAAGUAUAGUGGAGUCUCAGUAUACCUGAAACAUGUUUGAAUUGUCAAAUAUUUUUCACUCAUAUGUUGAAUAGGCAUAAAAUCUCAAAGCCUGUUAGUAUUUAGAAAUAAUCCUCACACCUUACACCCUUCCAAUGGAAUUCAUAAAUGUAUGCUUUCCAAACAUUGGCUGCUUCAAAAUGUCACAUAAGAAACUAUGAAAGCAAAAUAAUAGAGUUUAGAUAAAGCAUAUUCUUUAAGAACUAUUAACUUUGACUUAUUUUCUCUCUUAGGUGAGAGUUUGACAAGCUUGGGUGAUGAAAUAAACACUGUUAAAAUUAAUGCUGCUAAGCAAAUAAUUUGGGAGCCCCACACAAGGAAGGACAGGAUAUGAGAAAAAUGAACCGACUUCAUUUUUGUAAUAUAACUUUUUAAUCUUACUUUGCAGUCACCAUUAUUUGUUGAAUAAAUGUUGGUGCAGAGCCUUAAAUCUUUCACUUUACAAAGUUUCAAUGAAGUGGUCAUCAUUUUCCAGUUUUAAAAACAUAAUACUCCAGACCUUCAUCAACUUGCUGGUUUAAAAUAUAUGUAAUGUUCUUCACAAGCUUCUAAUUCCUACAGAGGUGACCAGUGAUAUUAAAUAAUUGAAAUCUUAGCUUGCUUUUCUUUAGAAAUAUCAGAAAUGAUCUGAGUGAGAUCCAGAUUCUCUGAGUGAGAUCCAGAUUCUGUGCCUUGAUGCUUCAAUGAAUGUUUUUGACAUGAAUCUGCCUUACUUAUCUGUUAUUAUUAUUACAUAACUAAAUUGUACUAAUAUGAUAUGCAUCAAUUUCCUUCUAAUAUAUUCUUCCUAUGACAGUAAAUUGUGAUUUAAUGAUAGUUUAUCUUAUCUAACAUUGAUUGAUAUUAUAUACCUUAAACUGUAUCAAUGUUUCAAUGACUCACAAAUGAAGUUAACAUUUUAUUAACUGUCUCCACUGGUAAUUGAUAGUUUCCUAAAGCCAGUUGGUUAUCUCAUUAAACUGAAACCGCUUUAUAUUUCUCACUUAUUUUCCAAUUUUGUUACCAGUAUGUCAGAAAAUACUUAAAAAACUCUAGUCAAUUUGUAUAAACCCUUGUAGAAUCUCAUGUAGUUUGAUUUUUUACAAUUAUAGCCAACUAAAUAUCUCUGUGCUCUAAGUUAUAGCCGACUAAAAUAUUUUUGUGUUAAACAAGCAUUUUUUUAAACAGUUAUAAUUGAUGAAAUAUGUUUUUGAUCUACAUGUGUAGUUUAUAAAUGUGUUAAGAAAUAUUUUUCUUUUUAUCUUUGUUGACUCAUUUUACUGACAAGUUUUAAAAUCUUGAAUCUCUCUAUCUUGUCCUUCCAUCAGAGCUUGGAGUUCAAUGGUAUAUGGUUGUAGCAUUUGUAUUUCUGAUGUAUGUAGUCAAUAUAGUCAUUAUACAAAGAAACUAAAGUUACCAAUCUGACAUGAUGUUUAACUAUUGAAACAUGAUUGGAUUCUACUAAAGUGCCAAGUUAUGACUCUAUUCUUUACCAUGCUACUUAUACAAUGCAUCAUCAGGUAUGUAUUUAUGAUUAGACAAAAGAUAGAAAUACACCUUACCACAAAACUAACUUUCAACUUUUAGUGAUAUGUCUACAUCAAGUAAUUACUAAAAAUUAAAAAUCACUUUUUAAGUUUUGUUUUAGAAAAAAUAUACCAAUUCAGUCUUUGUUCAUUUGAUUUACCGUAUUUCAAAUCAUUGAUCCAUAAUUUAUUGAGUUAUCUUCAACUGUGUUCUUUGGUGUGUGAUUAAAGUAGGACUUAAUUAGAGACUGUUAAUUAAUUUUUAUUCAAGAAUAUUAUGAAGCUCAAAAGUCAGCAUUUGUCGACUUAUACUGUGUGUUUAAAGUUUGCAGUGCUGCAAGUUUUAUUGCAUGUCCAUUGACUACUUUAUUUUUUUCUCUCCAGAAAGUAUUAGUUCACAAUAAACAUAAUAAAACAUGUGCAUAAUGAAUGAUUUGAAAACAUUUCCUAAUGCAAUAUAAAAAAAAAAUCUAUAUUUUUAAGUGUCU